AUGAAGUCUACCAUCGCUGCCAUCGCUGCUCUUGCGGCUGUCUCCACCGCAUCCCCCAUCAAGCGUGCUGAUGGCGUAACUGACGGUGUCAUCCUCAACUACGCGCUCACUCUCGAGCACCUCGAGGACACCUUCUACCGCGAGGCCCUCGCCAAGUUCACUGUCGAGGACUUCAAGGCUGCCAACUUCUCCGAGGAGGCCUACAACCGCAUCAAGACCAUCUCUUCCGAUGAGGAGACCCACGUCUCCUUCUUGACCGGUGCGCUCAGCGCUGCUGGAGCCAAGCCCGUCGAGGCCUGCACCUACGACUUCGGCUACAAGGACGUUGCGUCUUUCCUUGCCACCGCCAGUGUCCUCGAGGGCGUUGGUGUCAGCGCCUACCUCGGUGCUGCCGCCGACAUCAUGUCCAAGACCUACCUCACUGCCGCUGGCUCCAUCCUCACUGUCGAGGCCCGCCACUCGGCAUACAUCCGCAACACCGUCGGUGCUUCGCCUUUCCCCGCUCCCUUCGACAACCCGUUGAGCUACAACGAGGUCUACACCCUCGCCGCGCAGUUCAUCAAGUCCUGCCCCGAGACCAACGCCCCUCUCCCCGUCAAGGCGUUCCCUACUCUUGCUGCCUCCGCUUCUGACGGUAGCAUGAUGAUCAAGGCUGGCAGCAAGGUCAUGCUCGCCACCUCCGGCUACAAGGUUGACGGCAAGGUCUACGCCGCUUUCAUCACUGUCACCGGCCCCGUCUUCGUUGAGGCGACCAUGGUUGAGGGUGGCUUCGAGGUUACCGUCCCCGAGAAGGGCAUUGCUGGCCAGAGCUACGUUGUUCUUACCAGCUGCAACACUGCCGCUACCGAUGACACUAUCAUCGCUGGCCCCGCUGUUGUUGAGGUCAUGUAA